AACGCCGUAUAGCCAGCCAUCCACGGCCACUAGGACAGAAUCAAAAUAUCUGCCUACCGAUCCCCACCGCGUUGUAGCCACUAGCCACACGACGAUUUCCACGGUUCAUCGGCCUCUCAUCAGAAAAAACGAGAUCGAAUUCUCCAGCACCAGCACCAGGAAUCAAAGCUAGCGAGCGGGCAGCAGUCCGCCAUGGCCAUGGUCGCGUCCACCUCGUUCACGUACCACAAGCCGCGUCUCGCGGUGGUGUGCAGGAAGAACAAGGACGGCCGGGACAGGGAGCGGGAGCGGGACGGCAAGGAGCACAAGCACCCCUUCAAGGUCGUCGAGAUCACGCCGCCGCCGCGGUGCCUCGGCGUCCGUUGCUUCCCCACCAACAUCCACUGCGGCGAGAGCGUGACGAUCGAAGGGCAGGCGUACACGGUGUCGGCGGUGACGCACCGGUACCAGCUGCGCAAGGGGCGGUACGAGCCGAGCGAGAAGCGCCUCGACGUCCUCUCCACCGGCAGAUACAUCCUCAACCUCUACCUCCAAAACCUGCUCGACCAGUCCUAGCUAGGCAGCUAGUAGUAGUGCCUUAGCUACUGCCUGUCUGUCUGUAUCUGUGUACAUCAGCAUCGCUUCAUCACUCUAUAAUUCUACCACGCUACUGUAUAUAUAGCUAUCUAGCUGUAAAUAACAAUCAAUUGGUUCGGCUCCUCCUGCUAUGUCCAUCGAACACUUGUCCCAGUGGGUGGUGGACGAUCAUGGCCGAUCAUGCGUGAAGGGGAUAGUGUUUCCCUGCGUGCGGCUCUGUGUAACUGAAAAGGCGAGAUUGAGGCAUAAAGUUCAGUAUAAAAGUCUGCAUAUCUUUUCUGAAAACAAAAAA